GCAGCAUCAGCAGAAGAAGAAGAAAAGAAGAAGAAGUAUAAUCAGAAGAAGAAGGAGAAAAAGAAGAAGAGGAAAAGCACAGCUUUUUAGCUGCUGUACUUAAAGGAAGCGCCACACCAGUGGCUUUGACUGAGCCAUGCGGUUCCUGCCUAGGAACUAGCGCCCCUGCAGGAGGGAGGAAGUGUGUGUCUGUCUUCAAGCCUGGGCAGUGUCGCACAGUGAUGGGGCCGAGGAAGAAGGCCUCUAAACCGCAGCCUGUGGUGGGCAGCAGUGGAGGGGAAGUGCUCCUGAGACCCAGUGAGCCCAAAGACUACAUCAAUGAGCUGUCCCAUGAAGUCCUCUGUCAUAUAUUCAGGUACCUUCCCAUGAAGGACAUCAUGUGUAUGGAGUGUCUGUCCAGAAAGCUUCGAGAAGCUGUGACUCUGUACCUGCGCGUGGUCAAGGUGGUGGACCUGUGUGCCGGCCGCUGGUGGGAGUACAUGCCUUCAGGCUUUACAGAUGGCAGUUUUCUGCUCCUUUUGAAGAAGAUGCCAGAUCUGGAGCAGCUAUAUGGCCUCCACCCUCGAUACCUGGAGAGGAGGCGAGUCCGAGCCUACGAGGCUUUCAGUAUACCUGGAGUCCUUGAGGCACUACAAGCCUGUCCCAAUCUGCUGGGCGUGGAGACGUCCCACCUGGAGCUGGUGGAAGCCAUAUGGAACUACAUGCCUCAGGUUCAUAUACUGGGGAAGUUCCGCAACCGUAACGGGGCCUUUCCCAUUCCUGCUGAGAACAAACUGACCAUCCCCAUAACUGCAAAGAUCCAGACCCUACAUCUCGUGGGUGUGAAUGUCCCAGAGAUCCCCUGCGUGUCCAUGCUGCGCCAUCUUUACCUGAAGUGGGUCCGCCUCACCAAACCUCAGCCGUUUAAGGACUUCCUGUGUGUGAGCCUGAGAACCUUUGUCAUGCGCAACUGUGCAGGGCCAACGAACUCCCUCAAAUACGUUCCCCUGGUAACGGGUUUAGCAUCAGCUCGGAACCUUGAGCAGUUGGAACUGGUGAGGGUUCCCUUCCUGGGGGGGCUGAUCCAACAUGUGGUGGAAGACAGCUGGAGGUCAGGAGGAUUUCGGAACCUCCACACCAUUGUGUUUGGAGCGUGUAAGAACUCUCUGGAAGUGGACCUGGGUUACCUCAUCAUCACUGCUGCUCGCAGGCUUCAUGAGCUGCGUAUCCAGCCUUCUCUGACCAAAGAUGGCGUCUUCUCAGCCCUGAAAAUGGCUGAACUAGAGUUUCCUCAGUUUGAGACACUUCAUCUGGGAUAUGUGGAUGAGUUCCUGCUGCAAUGUAAGAUGACUCAUUCGGAGCUGGUGAAGUAUGGUCUGGCUGAUGUCAUUGAGAACCCAGGCAUCAUCACUGAUAUUGGAGUGAAGGUAGUGAACGAGGUGUUCACUAACAUCAAGUACCUGCUGAUCUACAAUUGUCCUCACCUGCAUAACCCUCACCACUGGAUCACAGAUCAGUCCAGAUGGAGUCGUCUGGUCGAUCUCACUCUGGUUCGCUGUCAUGCCAUCAAACUGGAAUCCUUUUCCCAGUUCAUCGAGGCACUUCCCAGCCUGGAGUUCAUCUGUCUGGACCAGAUGUUUAGAGAACCACCCAAGGGCUGUGCCAGGGUGGGGCUGAGUGCAGGGACUGGUAUCGGCGUGUCCUCAGCACUUGUCAGCAACCAGAACUCUAACAACGACAAUGACAACAACAACAACCACCACCACCACAACAAUGAGCCCAACAUGCCCCCUGCCCCUCCACCUGUCAACAUCAUCAACAACAACAACAACAACAACCAGAGACAGCAGCAGGAGCACAACGCAGCAGAGGUAAAUGGGAUGGAGGAUGAGGAAGAGGAGGAGGAGGAGGUGAUGUUGGAGGAGGAGAACAUGGAGGCAGAGCAUCAAAUGGAGCUGAAAGGAGCACAAGGGGAGGUGAGAGCUGAGGGGGCGGACGCAGCUCCAGGGCCCAGUCGUCUGGCUGAAACACCACAACGCCCCGACGAGGAGCAAGCAGGUCCCAGUGGCUUAGUACAGCAGAACAGAGCAGCAGGGGCAGCUGUUCCAAAGCCCCCCCCGGUCAUCUCAGACUCUGACAGUGAGGAAGAGGAAUGUCUUGUAUCAAGGCUAAUGCCAGCUUCCUGUUUGCAGCAGCCAGCUUCCUGUGCAGAAGGGAAAGGAAAGACUCCUCUGAGGCGGAGCAACAACGUGGCCGGAUCAGCGGCAGACUCGCCUGACCUGACGAAGGCUCAGCUGUCAGAGAGCAGCUGUGAGAAGAGCUGCCAGGUGACCAGUGAACAGAUCAAAGCCGACAUGAAGGCUGCUGCUGACACCAGCAGGAGGACUAGUGCUAAAGGAACGGAGGCUGCUGCUCGCCUCGGGGGGGACACUGGGACAGGGCGGGGCCCUGGAGGGAGGCCGCUCACUGGCUCUGCUGCCUGGGCUGGACCUGGAGCAGCCUCUUCCAGGCAGGUAGGUGGAUGUGGGAGGGUGGUGAUGGGGACCUCCCACAGAGCAACCACAACCACUGAGAGAGCAACAGGAACUGGCAGGCCAAGUGAGGGCCCAGAAGGCCCCUCUGGAGCAGGGACUGAGAAGAGCUCUGCUUGUGUGGACAACGGGGCUCCCAGGUGUGCUGCUGUCAACCAUGCCUACAGGAGAGCAUCACUGCUGCCUGCACAGGGAGAGAGACCUGCCCCUGCUGACGGGUCAGAGUCACAGCACGGUCAGCCCGGAGACAAGGACUUUGUUCCUAGAAGACCUUUGACCCGAUCUUGCACUCGUAUGACCCCUGUGUCGCUGAUAUCUGAGACAGAUCUUUCAAGAGCCAGGCCUCGAGUCGCAGUGAGGAGGAAACGAAUGGCUGACAAAUCCACCAGCACCUCGGACCCUGUCACCGAGGACGACCACGUACAGGUGUUGUCUCUGAAGAGUAAGAACCUGGUGGGCAUCACUCUGACUAACUGUGGAAUCACUGACCUGGUCCUCAAAGACUGCCCCAAGAUGAUGUUCAUACAUGCCACCAGAUGUCGAGUGUUGAAGCAGCUGCGAGUGGAGAGCGCACCCAUAGUGAACCGCUUUGAUUUCGCCCAGUGUAAGAAGCUGGACAUGGAACAGGUCCUGGAUCAGAUACUGAGAAUGCCUCCUGAGAGGAACCGCAUCAUCUACAUGCGCCCUAUGCACCAGAUUGACUCUGUGGGAUUGGAGCGUCAGCUCUUCCAGGGGCCCUAUCCCUAUCACAUCGCCAUAGUGCAUGAGUUCAGCAACCCUCCAAAUAUACGCAAUAAGGUUCGCAUCCGCAGCUGGAUGGACACCAUAGCCAACAUCAGCCAGGAGUUGAUCAAGUAUGAGUUCUUCCCAGAGGCCUCAAGAACAGAAGAGGAUGUGAAGAAGUAUCCCAAAUACCCCUGGGGCCGGGACAUCUACACACUGGAGGGGGUGGUGGACGAGGCCCCCUACAGCAUGAUAACAGACUUCCCCUGGCUGAGGACCCUGAGGGCAGCGGACCCCAACAGCUACGCCCGCUACGACUUUGAGGACGAUGAAAGCACCACCAUCUACGCACCCAGGCGUAAAGGCCAGCUGUCAGCCGACAUCUGCAUGGAGACCAUCGGGGAGGAGAUCUCAGAGCGGAGGCAGAGCAAGAGAGGAGUCUUCCAGAGGGUCGUAGUCCUGUUCCUCCAUCACUGUGACACACCAGGAGAGCCUGUGGACGAUGACUACAUCUAGACUCACCAGACACUGUCCAGCUGAGCUCCUGACUGGAACUCCUUGUAUGGUUUCAUUCGUCUGCUGGAUGAGGUUCACAUAGCUGACGCUGAUUUUCUCAUUAUGUGAGAAACAUCUAAAAGUAUUCAUGAGCGUCCUAGAACCAUACAUUUUCAACUAAAAGAAACAUUUAGAAUAUAUGAUUUGCUUUCAAUAUGGCAGAUGGGAAUAAGACCUGUCUCUGAUCUGUUCCAGUUAAAGUGUUUUAUUGACAUGCAGAGGAGGGUUCUACUGGUGGCCUGAUCACCUGUCAGUCUGCCUACCUCUUGUCACACAUGACCACUCUGACACACAAGGCCUUAGUCGGAAUUAUUAUUGAAUAUAUUUUAAAUGUAGGUUAUUCUUUGAGUUCUGGAUGGUGAUCAAUAUGAGUAAUACUGUAUUUUACCUCAGCGAGCAUUAAAUGGAGAAGAGUCAGAUUGAGUCGAUAUGGAACAAACCCUACGGCUGAUUCUUGUUGUUCCGGUACAUCAAUCUUGGACAAAGUCUUCGAGCCCCACUGGAAGGGGGCUACAUCGUGCUGCUCCCAAUCUCACCUAACCGGCCUGACCUGGACACAAAUCACAACACUUCCAUGCAGAUGUAAUGUCUCUUAUGUUAAGAUGUUCUAGUUACCACUGACUAAGCAGCGUAAAGGAAGAGCUGGGCUUUGUCACAGUUUGACCUUUCCCAACGACAAAACGAGAACACUCAACAUCUUCCUGGUUGGCUGGUCAACCAGAUUACGUAGCUUCAAUUUGUUGCCCUUUACCUUUCUCUACUACUGAACCAUCAAGCUAUUUUUGAAAUCUUUUCUCAGAAUUUAUUUUCGUUUCCUAUGUCCAGUGGUGUAGGAGAGACUGAUGUGGAAAAGGGCCAAGGUUUGAAAAGAAACGUGGUUAUAAAUCAACAGUGGAUGUUUCCUAUCAGGAAGUGAUCUGUGUGCAGGUUGAAUGAGUCGAUCUGUGUGUACAGAUGCCAUGGAUGACCACAUGCUUCCAUGGAGUUUAUAUGUUUAUAACGAAAGAACAAGACUAUUUCACAUUGAAAAAUAAAAUAACGGAAAAUAAA